AUGAACUUCAGAUCAGCUACAAUGGAUGAUUGGGAUGAGAGUGAUGAACUUAUCCAGAAACUGGAUUUUUCUAGCUGCGCUGAAGAGAAUGAGAUGGAAGAGGACAGUAGUAUACAAGAAGAGGCUCCCCAAAGUUCAAGCCCCCAGAAGAGCUGGGAUUUUCAGAGUUGGCGAGUUAAUAGUUCUCUUGCAGUAACCCCCAAAAGAAAAGUGGGUGAUGUCUCUCUGACUCGUACUAAAGCAUGGGUGAGUCCCACUGUGGACUCUGCUUCAUCCUUGAGGAAGAAUGCUGGUCCUGCCUGGGAAUGUCCUGGGACUCCACUGCAUUAUGUCACCUGGAGAAAACUGCAGCUGUGUGACACCCCGCACACCCCCAAGAGUCUCCUAACAAAGACUGCUUUUCCUUCAACCGUGGGAAAAUUCCCCUCCAAAGGUCCCCGGCACUUGAGAUUUACUCCUGGUGCUGAUCCAGAUGAUUCUGCUCAGGCUUCGCUGGUCAACAUUAACCCAUUUACCCCAGAGUCAUACCGACAGAUGCUCUUCCCUCCCAAUGGCAAGAGGAAAGCCAGAGGAGAGCUUGUGUGUCCAGGCUCACUUGUGGCUAAAUCUCAUUUUAGGGGAGAUCCCACUCUAAGCGGGGGAAAGGUGGAGCAGGGGCUGCCAGCCAAGAGAUUUCUCUUGAGAGAGAGCAACAUGGUUUCCCGCUACAAGAAAGAAUUCCUGGAGCUAGAAAAAAUUGGGGUAGGAGAAUUUGGCUCUGUCUACAAGUGUAUCAAACGCCUAGAUGGAUGUGUGUAUGCUGUCAAGCGCUCCAAGAGGCCUCUGGCAGGAUCCUCAGAUGAGCAAAUGGCAUUGCGGGAAGUCUAUGCCCAUGCUGUGCUUGGACACCAUCCCCAUGUUGUGCGCUACUACUCUGCUUGGGCAGAAGAUGAUCACAUGAUCAUUCAGAAUGAACACUGCAACGGUGGGAGCCUUCAAGAUGCGCUGUUGGAAAAUGCUAAGACUGGGCACUAUUUCCAAGAAGCAGAGUUAAAGGAGAUCCUGCUGCAAGUCUCCAUGGGACUAAAGUACAUACACAGCUCUGGCCUGGCACACAUGGACAUCAAACCUAGUAACAUCUUCAUUUGUCACAAACUGGUGACAGAUGGCUCCGCUGCUCAGGAAGAAAGCGACAGUGAAGAUGAUGGGUUCUCUUCCAACGUGGCAUAUAAAAUUGGUGACCUGGGCCAUGUGACAUCAAUAACUAAUCCCCAAGUGGAAGAGGGAGACAGUCGUUUUCUGGCCAAUGAGAUUCUGCAAGAGCAAUACUGUUAUCUGCCAAAGGCAGACAUCUUUGCCCUUGCAUUGACAAUGGCUCUGGCAGCAGGGUCAGGACCGCUGCCUCGCAAUGAUGCCAUGUGGCACCAUAUUCGCAGGGGUAACCUUCCACCAAUCCCUCAGCAGCUCACACAUGGCUUUCAUGGACUCCUUAAGCUCAUGGUUCACCCUGACCCAGUUGCAAGACCAUCUGCCACAGCCCUUACUAAACACCCAAUUCUUCGGCCGUCUCUUGGAAAAGCUGCACAGCUCCAGAAGCAGCUAAAUGUGGAGAAGUUUAAGACUGCCAUGCUGGAAAGGGAACUGAGAGCAGCCCGUCUUGCUCAGACCUUCAGGAAGGACCAGUCCUUGGGAUGUGCCAGACUAGAGUCUGAAACCUCUUCCAAACAAAACUGCAACAAGCGCCUGGUAGGAGGGAAGAAUUCUCGCUCAUUCAGCUUUACAUGGGGGGGUUACUGAAAAUCCCAUCACCCAAACUGUUCAGGCUGACAAGUGUCCCUGUGGAAGCAGAAGACCCAUACAGACCAAAGUGCCAUGCUAAAACUCCCUGGAGUAGUUCUUGCCUACUCCAUCAUUCAUACAGCUUCAUGUUGUCAUGACUGGAAGUGACUAGUGUACAAAUGUCUGAGACCUCCUCCACUCCACUACAAUGCUUCAGUCUUGUAUCUCUAAACCAGUUACUUCUGAUGCAAUGGGCCGGCUGACCUGUGUGUGUUCUGGUUGUAUUCUAGGCUAGGAAUAGCUUGAUUUCCUUCUACUUCUCUCAUGCAGCUAAACUAGGGCCUUCCCCCCGCCUCCGAGACCUUUCUGUGGCCUUGACACUCUGGCUGUGCAGGUACACUGGAAAGGGGCAUUGGCAGCUGCAAAGAGGAGAUAGUGUCCUGAGCUAUGACUGGACUUACCACUUUGCUCCUGAUGGAGCAAAGGGAGUUAAGCAUGAUACCACCUAGUCAAGUUGGGAUGUGAGCUUUGGGACAAGCGGGUUAAGACCACAGUCCUGAGAAAUGUGAAAUGAAAUAAGUGGCAUUGCAUUGCGGGAAGAAAGCAAAAGUAACUCUAUCUUUACUUUCAAAUGAGUUUUCUGUAGAAUCUGAAGGAACAUUUUUCUUUCUAGAAACAUCCAUAACCAUUAUGUGGCUGGGCUUCUGGGGGCUAGCUCCUGAAGCCUGACCUUUGGAUUUGUGAAGGCUUUUUGCCCAGUUAAACUGAUGGGCCAUAGGAUACAACCUCUCUAACAUGGUGGUGGGUCGGCCUAGAUAUCCUCUUUCCCUUCUGCAGAGUUACAGAUAGAGUUGCCUGUCUGAGGGAUUUGUCUUUCAGCAAAGUGGAGGGAAGGUAGAAGUGAUUUUUUUUUUCAAAUCCUUCAGUUUGGGGAUUGCUUAUAUAAAGUGUUAAAAACUAAAACUCAAAAUAAAUUGUAUCCCCCUGUUAUAUUUAACUUUUUGACAUUGUUUCUUAUUGAAUAUCUUCUAGCCCAAAUCCCUGGGAGUUAGAGCUAUAACUGAGGCUGUAUUUCUAGAAAAA